CCAUCGUCUGCUUGUGAUCUUUUUGAGAGCAAGUUACAUGAAUGUCGUUUCAGGGCCAAAGUUCAUUUCAGUAUGUCUAUGUUGUACAAUAUUUGAUUCUGGACGAGCCUCAGCAGACUACGAUUACUUACCCCGUGCAGUCUGAUGGAUGAAGAAACUUGUUAUCCCAUUAACAGAACAUGAACGACCUCGACCGGGACUUUAGUGGCCAGCGGGGCUACUGGGAACCGCAUUCCGCCUUGAUUGAUUUUUGCGAGCCCAAUUACGUCUACACGGAAUAUGUGGCGGAGUUUUGGAACACCGUUUCCGCGUUGGGCAUGCUUGCGCUCGGUCUCUCGUUUUAUUUUUUCGCGUUGCCGAAAAGUGAUUUCGAUUUCCUUGAGCGCACGAAGAAGUUGGAAAUUGAACAGCGGAGCUUGGCAGGCCCGCAAAGAACUAUCGCAAGUACUCGCACUUCAAUUAGCACGAAGAUGACUUACGCUGCGUUCUGCGUCCAGAGCAUCGGCUCCGCCGGCCUGCACGCUUUUCUGGACCGCAGGUGGCAAAAGCUGGACGAAGUGCCCAUGGCCAUCUGCGCCCUCAGCUGCGUUUACGCAUUGGAAUGUAAACCGAUUCUGUCUACUUCGGAUAACGUAAAAGUUUCUCAUCAUGAUGGAGGUGACGUUACCCAUUAUGAAGGACAAAGUAAUCAGCAAGGGGGAGGCACAAGUGAUUCCAUCACGACGGCCAAGAAAACUGCCACAUUAGUGUCCUCCUCAAGUCAGACGAAUGAAAUCAAUCAACUGUGGAAUCGGAAGUUAGCCUCGAGCCUUAUCGCGACCGGAAUUCUUCUCUACCUCCUGUACGACGCUUUUGAGCUGUUUGUCGUCUUUCACCUUCUCUUCACGCCCAUCGAAUUUUACGCCCUGGGAAGGUGCGCGUGGCUCUGUCGAAGGUACAGAACGAGUGAUUCAUCUCCUUCAUGGAAAGCACAAUUCCGGCAGCUGGCCGUGCCCGGGCUGUGUGCGUACGUGACUGCCAUCGUGUUUUGGUCCCUGGAGAUGACUCUGUGCCCGUUCGUGCGCCCGUUCCACACCCACGCCUGGGCAUGGCACUUGCUCGUGGCCGUCGGUUUCAAUCUGAGCGUUCUCGCGCUGGAACUGAAAAAGAGAAAUGAAGCGUAUCACUUUGCUUUUGAACAAACACAAACUGAAACUGCACCUGCUCGACGUCUUGGAGAUGAACGUGCGUUGGAAACAGAAAGGGGAAACAAGGUUCGUGGAACAAACGAAAACAAGCAUGGAACGUUGGAGACGCAUGCUGCGGUCGAGCAGGACACGACCGCUGUUUUGAAGAUGUUGCCCCGUCGUGCAGUAGGGCUGCAGUGGAUACGUGGAGGUUUUUUUCCAGUGCUGCGGGAAGAACGAGAGGUAGAACCUGAACCGGCGGUGGAAAACAAAAAGGCUCAGUGA